AUGCCGAAGAAGGCGGCGAUAUCAUUCGCGGAUCUCGGCCUGGGGGCCCCGCUGCCCAGGGUUCUGGCAAAGUCCCGCGACGAGCGACGGAAGGAGCAGCGGAUCGAGAAAAAAGAGAGGAAGGACCGCACACGCGAGGCCAUGGCUGAGGUGGCGACGGCGCGUGAUAUUGUGGCGCAGCAUAAACGCUUUGUCGAAGCGGAGACGGCGCAGGCACGCAAGCUGAAGGAGAUGCAUAAACGUGAGCUGCGAGUGGAACAUCUGAAGGCACGCUCUAAGCGCGAGGAAAGCGAGCGGCAACGCACCACGCAGCUGCGCGUGAGACAGGAAGAAAUUAUCACUGAACUAAAGGCGACGCGACGGGAGGAGGAGGCUGAGAUACAGCGGGUACGGGCACUGCUAGAGCGUGAUACGGCAGAGAGGGCAAAGGUGGCACCAAUUAAUGUUCACAUUGAUGUUCACCGCACCGAUGAGGUGAAGCAACAGCGCGCUGGUCUGCCUGUCCUGCGCGAGGAACAGCCGAUUAUGGAGGCCAUCAACGAAACACGUCGCACAUGUGUGUUGGUGUGCGGCGAGACAGGCAGCGGCAAGACCACCCAAAUUCCGCAGUUUCUGUGGGAGGCGGGGUACGGCCACCCAGAGAGCCACACCUUCGGGAGGGAGGGCCGCAUCCUCGUCACGGAGCCCCGUCGUGUGGCUGCAGUGUCGAUGGCGCGGCGUGUGGCCGAAGAGCUUAACGCCCCCUUUGGGGAAGAGGUGUGCUACCACGUUCGGUACGAUAACAACCUCUCUGACAAGUGCAAGCUGAAGUUUGCGACGGAGGGUAUUGUGCUAAAGGAGAUUCAAUCUGACUUUCUUCUUCGCAAAUACAGCGUGAUUGUGAUUGAUGAAGCGCACGAGCGCAGUAUCUCAUGCGACAUCCUGAUUGGGCUGCUUUCUCGCAUUGUGCCACUGCGCAAUGACCUCUUUGAGGAGGAACUGCGCAAGCAUCACGGUGACGUGGACAAGACAAGCAUCAAACCGCUCAAGCUUGUCAUCAUGUCUGCCACCAUGCGCGUUACUGACUUCAAGGAUAACCGGAUGCUUUUUCCCAUUGUGCCGCCGCUCAUCAACGUCGAGGCUCGCCGAUACCCUGUCACGAAUCACUUUGCCCGACGCACGGAGCUUAAGGAGUACGUGAACCAGGCCUUCGAGAAGGUGCGCCAGAUGCACAAGAAGUUGCCACCAGGCGGCAUUUUAGUGUUUCUGUGCACCCAGCAGGAGAUCGAGGACUUGUGUGAUCGUCUGCGUCGGCACUACGCCACGACAAAGAUCGAGUACUGUGACAAUGCCUACUCAAAGCAUCGACUGCUGACUGGACGGAGCCAGGAGGAGACGGCUGCGGCGUCGAGCGACAACGAUGAUGAUGACGCCGCCACUGCAGGGGAGGCAGAGGAAAAGGACGAGUACGGCCUUCACACGGCAGACUACGCCCUCGACGACGAGGACAUGACGAGUGGCAAUUCGGAGGAGGUCGAAACCGUGCGCGAGGGGCGGUUGCGGCGGCCUCCUCAGCCACGCGAUGGAAAGGGCAAGCGCAUCCGCGGCGAGUCUGGAGCGCAGCUGGCUGGCAGGGAUCCCUGGGGCCGUAGCGGCGAGGAGCGUAGGGCCGCAGCGGAAGGGGUAACAACUUUUCCAGGUGAGGAGGAGGAGGAGGUCAACGGGGAGUAUGACACACUCCAUGUCCUCCCGCUUUAUGCGCUUCUUGACUUUCAGAAGCAACAAGAGGUUUUUAAGCCACCUCUUAAGGGCACACGCCUCUGCGUUGUCGCCACCAACGUGGCCGAGACGUCCAUCACGAUCCCAAAUAUCAAGUACGUGGUGGAUGCUGGGCGAGCUAAAUCCAAGGUAAUCGACGAGGAGACCAAGGCGAGCUGCUUUCGAAUUGAGUGGACAAGCCAGGCUUCCGCUGAGCAACGCAGCGGCCGUGCAGGUCGUGUGGGGCCGGGACACUGCUACCGACUCUACAGCACUGCAGUGUACGCAAACUUGAUGGCAAGGCACGGCGACCCGGAAGUGCUUCGCACCCCGCUCGAUUCCGUCGUCCUUCUUAUGAAGCAUAUUGGGGUCAAGAACGUCGGUGGCUUUCCGUUCCCAUCACCGCCACGGGAGUCGGACCUGAAGGCUGCCCUGCAGCACCUUAGCGUUAUUGGCGCUCUCGAUGCAGCGCACAACUACAACAUUACCGAGCUGGGCCGACAUCUGGUUGCGUACCCGGUGCCACCAAGAUUUGCGCGGGCUCUUUUCGAGGUACUGAAGCAGCAGAAGGCGCAAUCCUCUGAGGUGCAGGACAUGGUUGCUGCCAUCGUCGCGGUGGCCACGACGACGGCCAAUGUUUUCACCGGAGAGGGUAAUCAGCUCAAGGCGAAGAAGCUCGACGAGCGCGCCGACACCCCUAUGGACCCCCGACAGGCGCACAUUCGCUCCUUGGUGAGCCCUGGAAGCGACCUGGUCACGUACCUCAACGCAUUCUAUGCCUACCGAAGCGAUCCGUGGCGCAGCUGUGGCAUGUUCUGCUUAGUUUCAAAAAGUAUGCACGACGCAAAUCUGCUCUACACCCAGCUUCGCAGUCACAUGCGCCAGCACUGCAGGAGUCAGGACGAGCUAGUCGACACGCUGGACGAAAGCGAGGCCACCAUACCCGAAAAAGAUGAGCAAAAGCUUGGGAGUUGCCACAGUGGUGUGUGCCCUUUGCCGAGGGAGACAGAGCUGCUGCUGCGGCAGGUCUUCAUUCCAGGGCUCAUGGACCAGGUUGCGCGCCGCGCGACAGUGCAUGAAUGCCGCUCACUCGGUGUGGUGUACAACGACAAGCGAGCUACCAAGACACCAUAUCUUGUGCUGGGUGUGAACCGCACCAUCGCCUACAUUCACCCCACCAGCGCCGUGGCGCGCACGUUUCCGCCGCCGGAGUACGUAAUAUUUGGAUUCCUGCAGAAGGUGCACCGCUCCGAUACCAAAGAGACACAGGCUAUGAUGAUGGGCGUUACAGUGGUGAUGCCAGAGUGGCUGCGCGCCUACGGCUUUGAGGAGGAGGCCGAGUAG